CGCAUGCGUAGAUGCGGAAUUCCAUACGGUGAAUGUUUUGAUGUGAAAAAUGAGAUUGAAAACUUCAUUACAGAAGGAGGCUAAACAUUCAGAACUGGUUAGCUGUGUCGGCUGGACCACACCAGAAGAAUGUUACUCCGGAGCAGACGACCAUCUGGUCCUUAAGUGGAAUCUGAAUUCUAAUGAGACAACUACACUAGUCAAACUACCAGAUGAUGUGUUCCCCACAGACAUGCACUGGUUUCCCAAAUCUGCUGUCGGGGGCGGGGCAGGAAAAAAGGGAUCAGACCUCUUUGUUCUCACAUCAACAGAUGGAAAGUUACAUUUGAUUAGCAAGUCCGGGAGAGUAGAGAAGAGCAUAGAUGCCCACAAGGGGGCAGUUCUGUCUGGUCGCUGGAGCUGGGACGGCUCAGCUCUGGUUACUGCGGGUGAAGAUGGACAAGUGAAAAUCUGGUCCAGGAGUGGAAUGUUGAGGUCUACAUUGACACAAAACAGUAACACAGUGUACGGAGUGGCAUGGGGCCCAGAUUCAGACCAGGUUUUGUUUACAAAUGGCAGACAACUAGUAAUCAAAUCACUCCAGGCUAACGCCAAACCCACCAUGUGGAAAGCUCAUGAUGGUGUGAUAUUGAACGUGGAUUGGAACCCAGUAAAUAAUCUCAUUCUGUCUGGGGGAGAGGAUUGUCGUUACAAGGUAUGGGACACGUAUGGUCGCAUUAUGUACAGCAGUUCUGUCCAUGAUUACCCCAUCACCUCUGUGGCAUGGACACCGAACGGUGAACUGUUUGCUGUCGGCUCAUUCAACACGCUCCGACUCUGCGAUCAAGCUGGGUGGUCCUAUUCCCUUGAGAAACCCAACACAGGUAGCUUAUUCAAGCUGGCCUGGUCCAGUGAUGGAACGCAAGUGGCAGGUGCUUGUGGAAAUGGUCAGGUGCUGAUAGCUCAUGUCAUUGAAAAGAGACUAGAAUGGAGGAACUUUGAGGCAGUUGUGGUGGGCGGCAAACAGAUCCAUGUUAGGAACGUUAUGAAUGAAGCGGUAGAAAAGCUGGACUUUAGGGACCGAGUGAUCAAAGUUUCUCUGUGUUUCAAUCAUCUCGUAGUCGCCACCGCAUCACAGUGUUAUAUCUACAAUACCAAGAACUGGAAUACGCCGAUGAUAUUCGAUAUGAAGGAGGGCAACAUUUCAUUGAUUCUUCAAGCAGAGAAACACUUCAUGCUCGUGGACAGUUCUAAUGUUUACAUCUACUCCUAUGAUGGUCGAUUGGUGUGCUCUCCCAAGUAUCCGGGAAUGCGGGCAGACAUUUUGAAUUAUCAGACGGUUGCUCUCAGCAAUGACACAGUGGCCAUAAGGGACAAAACAGACGAGAAAGUUAUCUAUGUCUUUGAUGCCCAAAAUGGAAAACCACUGGGAGAUGGGAAACCAAUCACACACAAGCUGGAGGUAAUGGAAAUAGCCUUGGACCAGUGUGGGCCCGCCACAGAAAGAAGACUGGCCAUUAUAGACAAGAAUCGUGACCUUUAUCUAACCUCAGUCCGGGUGUUUGGUACAGAGAGGAAGUCCAAUAAGCUAGGAAACAUGAUCCAGUCGCUGUGCUGGAAUGAUGCUGCCAACAUGUUAGCGGCUCUGGCAGACGGAAAGUUUACCGUCUGGUACUACCCCAACACAAUUUACGUCGACCGAGACUUGGCUAGCAGGACGGUGUUUGAAAAGGAAGCAAGCGAGUUUGGUAAAAAUCCUCAGUUGCUGAACUUUGUUGGUAACCACAUCAUCAUUCGUCGAGCGGAGGGUUCCCUGGUAGGGACGGGUAUUUCUCCGUAUCCAGCCAUUCUCCAUAACUACGUUCAGAACUCUCGCUGGGAAGACGCUGUUCGACUCUGUCGAUUCGUUAAGGAUGAUGUUUUAUGGUGUUGUUUGGCGGCCAUGUCUGCGUACGCCAAGGAGCUGAAUACGGCAGAGAUUGCUUAUGCUUCCAUCAAGGAGGCGGAGAAGGUGCAGUUUAUAGUGAACAUCAAGGACAUCCCUGUUAAGGAGGCUCGCAAUGCUGAGAUGGCGCUUCUGUGUGGCAGUCCUCAGGACGCAGAGGCUAUCUUACUGACGGCCGGUCUCAUCUUCAGGGCUAUCAUGUUAAAUAUACAUCUCUAUAAUUGGGACAGAGCUCUAGAGUUGGCUGUGAAACACAAAACUCACGUUGACACAGUGCUGGGACACAGACAAAGAUACCUGGAGAGAUUCGAGAAAAAGGAGAAAAACAAACGCUUCCUGCAGUACAGUGAAGGGAUUGAAAUAGACUGGGAGAAGAUUGAUGCGAAGAUAGAAAUGGAAUAUCAGAAGGAGAGAGAAAGACCAGAGAGAACCCCCGCCCCCUCAACAGCCGGGAUUAGUGAUCGCCCAGAAAGGUCGGACAGACCCAGGGGCCGGUCACAAGUUUCUGGACACUGACCAGUUGUGAAUCUCUAGUUCUAAGUCUGUGAUACAUCAAUUUUUUAACUAUUAUUAUAUGUUGGUUUCCAUAUCAACGGUUAGCAUGACAACAGGUACAGCUAGUGCUUACGUGCUGUGACAGAUUACAAUCUCUCAUGUUGACUAAUUUUUCUUUAUUCCGUCCAGGUCUGCCUUCAUGUUGUACUGCAAUGAUAUACAUGUAUGUAUAUUAUGAAAAUUAAAAGAAGAACAUGAA